AUGGAGCUAAGGCUUCAUAUUCUGUUUAUACCGCUCAUUGCGGUGAUUGCAAUCAUAUCCAACCUCAUUCAUUUAAACAGAUACAGAGUUUCUCUGGAAAAAACACAGUCUACUCUAACAAACAACUGUGAUACUGUGCUUAAAUCUGGUCGGUAUUUAAAUGAUGCCUCUUACAUACCGAGCGGCUGGCAGCCAGAUGGUUGCGUGUUAAAAUUAUACGAAUCCUUUAUUGCAUCUAAUUUGGGUGCAUGUCUUCGACCAGGAGACGAAAUCCUUAUCGUUGGAGAUUCAACAGCACGCCAAAUCUACUGGGGUGUCACCAAUACCUUGAGCGGGAAUCUUAUGGGGAAACCCCAUAUCAAAGAACACGCAAGAUCGGUAUACAACAAAGUCACUGCCACUUUGCUUUGGGAUAGAUAUCUCAAUGACACAGGCUUUGACACAAUCGCUGAUAUUGCGGCCUUCGGACUGAAGGCAAAUUCAAAAGCAAAAGCUAAAAAGCUUAACAAAAACGCUUCAUAUUCUCCAAAAACUUAUUUAAUAUUGACCAGUGGACUUUGGUAUGUUCAAUAUAAUGUCUCUGGUUAUCAAGAGCAAAUGGAGAAAGUUUUAGAAAUAAUUGACAAGGCACAGCUAGAUUCUUUUGAACGAGUAUACCUUGCACCGCCAAUGGUUCCACAUUUUAAUGUAUUAGAUGACAAGCACACCCCACAAAUGACAACCACCAAAAUUGCCGAAAUUUCUGAUAUCUCACACAAACUUUUUGACUACGAUCCAAAGAAAAAAACUGGUGGUGUGCGGUACCGAACCCUUCCUGGUCAUACAAACGAAAUCUCAGCAUACUAUGUACCAGUGUUUAACGAUCUUUCCUCCGAAAACCAUCCAUGGCAACGCGAUAAAUCUGGUUUACAUUUCGAAGAACCAGGGUUCACUUUAGAAUCAUACAUAAUGAUGAACCACAUGUGUAAUGCCAAAAUCUCUGAAUUUCAGCAACACAUAUCCGGAGGCGUAACAUGCUGCAUUGAUUACAACCAAUCUUUACAAAAACAACCAGUUUGGAAAAAUCUCCUUUUAGCUGCGUUGGCUUUUGGUUUUCUAUUGGCCUGCUAUCCUGUAAAUUUUGUAGCACUUGCAUUUACAGUUAUCGGGCUUAUAGCAGGCUAUGCAAACUUAACCAACCAAACCCAUCUGGUCAGCAAAAUUGGUAUCCAAUACAGCCCUCUUGGGUUCGUUGUACUGUUACAUCUAUGGGCCAUUUUUACAAUUGUUUCUGCAAUCUAUGGACCUUCUCACAGUCAUGUCAGCAUUGAUAGACUUUUUGUAAGAGAAUGGCAGGGAAUUUGUGCUUCUCUUUUGAUAAUCUUCCGAUAUAUGGGUUACGAUUUGCUUCCCAAAAAUAUGGCAGGAGAAGUUUUUGUUAAGGUCCUUCUUGCCACCUGGGUGGUACUCGAGGUUUACUUGUAUUCACUUGAUUUUCAUGAAUCCGAAAAGAAUUAUAAAAGUUUUAGAGAGCAUUGGGCCCAAGCUGUGGCACGAGCACUGGUGCUUCCUCUUCUGUUGGGAGCUGCAGGCAUUUCAAAAAUCUACGAAGGUGCUAUACCGGGGACAUUUACCUAUGUGCUUUUACCAGUCACUUUGGUGUUUUGGUACACUUUUAUUUAUCUGGCAAACGCUUUAAUACUCAUGUCAAAAAACCUAGAAUCAAUUUCUCAUUGGAACCACAAUCUUUUCGAAAUAUUUUCCACCAUCUUUAUGGCAAUAUCUUUGCAUUUCUUUUUAGAAAUGGGAAUUAUUCGUUUUGAAACUCUUUCCGAUGACUUAGAUUUGCUUUUAAAAAAUUAUUGGAUAGUGCUAGCUUCUGUUUUAAUACCACGAGUGCGGGAUGUGAAAAUUCCUGCUGUUAAAAAAAUACCAGCUAUUAUGUAUUUGAGUGCUGCUUUUGGCUUAUUAGCCUGUAUCAAUAUGGUGCUUUUUAAUUUUUAUUUUGAUCUCCCUGGCUAUCCUUCCGAAAUAACUUUCCGUUAUUCUUUCCCCUCUAUUUUUGAUAAAAAUCUUUUUGGGUUACGCCAAACCUCCUAUGGUACAAUAAUACAUCAAUUUGUUGUUGUCAGUGUAGGAUUAUGCUAUGGCUUAGUACGCUAUUGGCUAUUAUGUUACACUGAUUUCAAAUUUAGUUUGUGGGCUUCUAAAUCAGCCGACUUUACUUAUGAAGCUCUAGAACUUCAUCCAUAUGCGUUUUUAGCAGUUAGUGGGUCUGUCCUCCUAGAGUAUGUGCCCACAGGCUCUACAACGGCAACCCAAGGGCUGAAAGUUUUACAGCCAUUGGUGACAGAUUGGAACUUUCCAUAUUUUUGGUGGGGAUUUUUUGAAAAAAUUCGAAAAUGUGUGGCUUUUGGAAUUGCUGGAGGAAUGCUUUUAGUAUUGUCUUGGAUAAGCGCUGAGGUGUUGAGGAAAAGGAAGGUUUAA